AAGAGUCCAGAGAGAGAGAGAGUCAUAAACGGUGAAUUAAUUCUCAAUCACAAUCUCUUUGAAGAUCUGAGCCUCUGAGAAACCAUUUCAAAAAUCCCUUCUGAGAUCUGUCUCUCAUGGCUCCCGCCGCUCCCAAGUCCGGUGAUGUCAUUUUUGCCAGUGUAGAUCGCGUCAACGCGGAGCUCUUUACUCUGACAUACGGUGCUAUAGUGCGCCAACUGAUUACCGAUCUGGAGGAGGUGGAGGAGGUUAACAAGCAGCUCGAUCAAAUGGGUUAUAAUAUCGGGGUCCGUCUGGUUGAUGAAUUCCUUGCCAAAUCAAGUGUGUCAAGGUGUGUUGAUUUCAGGGAAACAGCUGAUGUCAUUGCCAAGGUUGGAUUCAAAAUGUUUCUUGGAGUCACUGCCUCUGUCACUAACUGGGAUGCUGAAGGGACAACCUGUAGUCUCAUUUUGGAAGACAAUCCUUUGGUAGACUUUGUUGAGCUUCCUGAUACCUGCCAAGGCCUUCAUUACUGCAAUAUUCUAAGUGGAGUUGUCAGAGGGGCUCUUGAGAUGGUUUCAAUGAAAACUGAGGUCACAUGGCUACGUGACAUGCUUAGAGGAGAUGAUGUAUUCGAGUUGCAAGUCAAACUUCUGAAGCAAGUGCCCGAGGAGUACCCAUACAAAGAUGAUGAGUAACUUGCUCCUUUUGCUCUCAAGUGGCUUAUAAGUUGUAACUCCACUCUUCAUUUGGAUAUUUUGCACUUCUUUUGGUGUAGCUACAUUUGUUUGCUAGUGAUAUUACGUGGAAGGACAUUGCCCAUAUUAAAAUGAAAAAAGUAAUAAAUUUAUUAAAUCA